ACGAUGCCGCGGCUGUCGGACUCCUUCUCCCUCCAGUGGAGAAACUUCUCCAAUAAAGCUGCUGCUGUUGUUGUUUAGCGAAUACUUUAGCAGGAGGCUCUCGUGCGUGUGGAGGAGCCAUGGUCCGGGGCGCAGAGCGCACGCGCUGCUCCGGUUUUUAGCGUGGAAGCGGGCGCGCGCCGCAGCGCCGACAGGACGGCGCGGGGAUCCGUGAGCGUCCGCACCACAGUGAGCUAUGACUUCAGGACAGAAAGAUGGAGAUGCCAUGGCGGACGCUCAGCUCAUCCAUGCAGACGGGGAAUCGUACCGAAACCCCACCGAGGUGCAGAUGAGUCAGAUUGUGAUGCCCUGCCACGCUAACCACCGUGGAGAGCUGAGUGUGGGGCAGCUGCUGAAGUGGAUGGACUCCACUGCCUGUUUAUCUGCUGAGAGACAUGCUGGUUGCUCCUGCAUCACUGCGUCGGUAGAUGACAUCCACUUUGAGCUCACCAUCGGGGUUGGAAAAGUUGUCAAUAUCAUAGCGAAGGUCAACCGAGCCUUCACGUCCAGCAUGGAGGUGGGCAUCCUGGUCACCUGUGAGGACCUCUACACGGACAGGCAGUGGAAGGUUUGCCACGCCUUUGCCACCUUUGUUGCCAGGCGAACCGAAGCUGGAAAGGUACAGCUCAAGCAGGUGAUUCCACGCACACAAAUGGAGCAGAUGGAGUACAGCCUGGCUGCGGAGCGGCGGCGGAUGAGGCUCAUCCACGCUGAGAUCAUCACAGACCUACUGAGCAGCAGCACAGCUCAGCUGGGAGAAUGUCAGGAGUACGAGGGCGCCGUGCCAGCCGAACGGACGCGGGUGGAGAGCGUGGAGCUGGUCCUUCCACCUCACGCCAACCACCAAGUCAGCACUUUCGGUGGUCAGAUUAUGGCCUGGAUGGAGAACGUGGCCACAAUCGCAGCAAGCCGCCUGUGUAAUGCCCAUCCAACCCUGAGGACCAUCGACAUGUUCCAUUUUCGUGGCCCCUCCCACAUCGGGGACCGCCUGGUGCUGAAAGCCAUCGUGAACAACUCCUUCAAGCACAGCAUGGAGGUCGGCGUCUGCGCCGAGGCCUACCAGGGCAGAGAGCCUCAGCGACAUAUAAACAGCGCCUUCAUGACAUUCGAGGUGCUGGACAAUGAAAGAAAACCUCGCACGCUGCCGCGGAUACGACCUGAGCCUGUGGAUGGAAAAAGACGUUAUAAAGAAGCUAUAGCCAGAAAGAAGAUCCGCCUUGAUAGAAAAUAUAUUAUUUCCUGCAAGCAAACUCAGGUGUCCCUGUCUGUGCCCUGGGAUCCCAGCAACCAGAUGUACCUGAGCUACAACAACGUGUCGGCGCUGAAGCUCAUGGACACCAGAAACAACUGGGUGUUGACAUCAGAGAAGAAUAAGGUCAGGCUGUACACACUGGAGGAAAACCACAUGCUGUGCUUCAAAGUGGAGAUGUACGUCAGCGUUCCAGCAGAGCAGUCGUUCCACCUUCUGUCAGACCUGACGAGGAGAAAGGAGUGGGACCGCCAUUAUGAACAGUGUGAGGUGAUCAUCCAGGCAGAUGAAGAAGAUACUCUUUAUCGCGUCGUCACGCCCUCCGUCAGUAAAGGGGACAAAGGGAAGGACUUUAUCUUGCUGGCAUCUCGAAGGAAACCUUGUGAUUCCAGGGACCCGUAUCUGAUCGCGCUGCGUUCGGUCACGCUACCCACCCACCCCCCCAGCGAGGACUACACGAGGGGCGAGGUGCAGUGUGCCGGCUUCACCAUCAGGGAGGAGUCCGGCUCCGUCACCAAGCUCACCUACUACAACCAGGCCACUCCGGGCGUCCUGCCGUACAUCUCCACAGACAUCGCCGGCCUCUCUUCUGGCUUUUAUUGCACGUUUUCCGCCUGCAGCCGCUUCCUGGAGAGCAGCAAGGACGCUCGGGUCGUGGACCCUGCUGCCUCAAAGGAAGAAAAGUCACAACAGGAGGAAUGACUGACCGUCUGAGUGUCGUCUUCAUAUUGUUCACCGCCCAGGAGCUCCUCGGCUCCAGCAGGAGCCAGUUUGAGGAUUUGUUUUGUUGUUAGUUUUUGCAGAGAUUAUUGAGCAAGAGUGCACAAUGAAGCACGAGUCCGCACAAGAUGUUAAGCCUCUUACUGAUCCAAUAAUACGUCAGGAAUAAUUCUUUAGAAUUUUUUGCUAAAUAAAUCAUAUUUAAACAGAUUUUUUAUCAUGUUUUCAACGGCAGCGCCAGUGUUUUUAGUGUAAAGCUGUGAUUAAUAAACUGUUUGAUUUGUAUUUAAUUUGAUGUUGUUGCAUUAAAAAAGAAGCCAGUA